AUGUCCGGUGAGCUGUGGUCACCGUCCGCCGGUCAGUCGUUCGAGCACCGGAACUUCAGACCGGUGGUUUUCAACGGAGUCAACGUGGAGCUGACGGUGCUGGACUUCAUGCAGCUGGUGAGAGACGAUAUCUCGACGCGGCCUGGACUUCCUCCUCCGUUCAAGAAAUAUUCGUACGACACGAUGAAGAUCAUCCACCAAGCACACGGAGCCAAGACUAACGAGUUGGUGAUGAGUCUAGACGACGACGAGAAGCUCAUCCUGCAGCACGACCAAACACUGAGAGCUGCUGGAGUCGAUAAUGAAACCGAGGUGGCGUUCUUCAGGAAAGAGGACUACGGACUUUACAAAGCAAACCCCAGAACAGCGUGGUGACCUGGAGCGUUUACUGCAGGGCAGAGGUCAGAGGUCGUGGCGUUGUCGUCCUCCACUCUGUCUUUUUAUUUCUGUUUUUUAUGAGUUCAAAAAACGCCACCAUGGACAUUCAGUUACAUUUUUGUUGUUUUAAAGUUGUUUUAAGGUUUUUGACAUUCAUGGUGUUGAUUUCUGUCCCAUCAGUGUCAGAGAAACAUGUAAGACACGAAACUGUGUGAAACUAAUAAAACCUUCAACCAGAAAAA